CAGCAGAUGGCCGGCAGGUGUAAUCCCUCACUAAUCUGUAGAUUUAGACCCUAGGAUGAAAUGAAAUAAAGACUGGACAAAGACGAAUAACAAUCAAUAGGUUAAAAGUAUUGCAAAAACAAGACGCAGAACAGUACUGCAAUUGGACUACAUUACUGGAUUGACUACAAUUGAUUAGUGUCCUAUUUAUAACCACAACACUUCAGCUGGGAACAAGCUUAAACAUUUGUUAGACUCAGAUUGGAAGGAACACAGGUGCCUAGAACCAGAGCGAUGUAGUUUAUUUACCAAAUGGUAAAAUCACAAGUGACAUUGUAAUGACUAUGCUGACCAGCCUCAUCGAUGGAGUUCUCUCAUGCUUAACGGGAACAUCUACAAAUACUGUGGUCCCUAUUCAAAAUUCUGAACCUACAGAUGGCUUCGAGUUCGUAGAAGUAAAACCUGGCAGAGUGCUUCGCGUUCGCCACAUCAUCCCUGACCGAGCUGUGGUAGACGAGCCAGACAAACGGGAAGCAGGCAGCAUAAACUGCAAAAGGAAAAUCACAAUGUAUCCCAACGGACAACUAUUCAUUGAGAACGUGAGUGAAGCAACUCACCCAGAGUUGAUUCGGUGCCAGAACGGAGAAAGCCCUGUAGAAGCUUCAGACAAUAAUAACAGAGACUCAAGAAAAGUUGAAUCAAGUAUGAUGCCACAAGAGCAGGUGCAGCACAGACGCCGGAAACCCAAGCACACUGUGAUGAUCGACUGUGAGCGUAAGAUUACCUGCUGCAAAGAGACGCACCCUGAUGUUGCCUUGUUCUUCAUACAUGGAGUUGGAGGUUCUUUAGAAAUUUGGGAAAACCAGAUGAACUAUUUUUCUCAGCUUGGUUAUGAGGUGAUCGCUCCAGAUCUAGCUGGUCACGGCGCCAGCUCUGCACCUCAGAUCGCAGCUGCCUAUACCUUUUACGCCCUGGCAGAUGAUGUAAGAAUCAUAUUUAUGAGAUAUGCCAAACAGAGGAAUAUUCUUAUCGGCCAUUCAUAUGGGGUGUCUUUUUGCACCUUCCUGGCUCACGAGUAUCCAGACCAAGUGCACAAAGUAGUGAUGAUUAACGGUGGUGGGCCUACUGCUCUGGAACCCAGCCUCUGCUCGGUCUUUAACCUGCCCACGUGUGUACUACAUUGUUUGUCACCAUGUCUGUCUUGGAGUUUUCUCAUGGCUGGGUUUGCCCAUCCAAGCAUGGAAGAAAAAAAACUUUUAAAAGAGAAGAAUGCUUUUAAUGUGUCGUCUUUUGUGCUACGGGCUAUGAUGAGCGGACAGUACUGGCCAGAAGGUGAUGAGAUCUACCAUGCUGAACUCACUGUACCCACUCUUCUGGUGCAUGGCAUGCAUGACAAGUUUGUCUCAAUACACGAGGACCAGCGUAUGGCCGAGAUUCUAAUGCUGGGGUUCCUGAAAGUCAUCAAUGAGGGGAGCCACAUGGUGAUGAUGGAAUGCCCUGAGACAGUCAAUACUCUGCUGCAUGAAUUUUUUCUCUGGCAGCCAGCCUCUGCCUCCAAACCCAAAGAAGAACCAGCCCUUUCACAAAAUGCUAACAGAAGUAAAGCCUCCAAAGAAGCAGCUUCGGCCACAAUUACGUCUAAGACUACAAACUCAAAACUGGAGCAAGACUAUAGAAAGCAGGCAACGGCUCCAAAGCCUGGAACAUAGCAGGACAGAGCCUUGAAGAUUAAAGACACAAUGAAAGUCUUAUUUAUAUAGUCCCCUCCACAUUCCUGGAAAACAUAAAUAAAAUACACUGUAAAAGUA